ACUCGUACUAUGUCGGCUCAGGUCUGGACCAGCUGAGUUGGACAGAUGAUGGCCAGCUGUUGGCAGUAUCCACACAGAGGGGCACUCUUCAUGUCUUCCUCACAAAGCUUCCUAUUCUGGGGGACAGUUAUGGAACCAGACUGGCUUACCUUACAUCUCUGCUGGAGGUCACAGUGUCAAACUAUGGGAUACCUCCUGUGGCCAUACAAGUGGAAGUAGAACCAACUUUUAUUGCUGUGGGACCCUACCAUGUUGCUGUUGGAAUGAACAACAAAGCUUGGUUCUAUGCACCACUUCUUGAACAAGAAUCUGCUUUUACCAAACUGAGGGAGAUUGAGUACUUCGGGACAGUUGCCAACAUGUGUCUUAAUGCAAAAUAUGCCGCAGCUUUGUUUGAUGGUAAAGUGCAACUGCACAUGAUCGAUGGCAGUGAGCAGGAGGAGAGGAAGCAAAUGAAGUUGUUCCCAGACGAUGACAGAAAAGGUCGGAUCCUUUGCCACGCUCUCACCGCUGACUUCCUCUACUAUGGCACUGAUUUAGGUAACGUUGUGUGUGUCCUGGUGGAAGAUUGGGAAACUGUGAGCACUUACAGCCACACCGUGCCAUUAAGUAAAGUUUUCCCAGAUGUAAAUGGCACACGGUUGAUCUUUAUUGAUGACAAGAAGAGCGGCUUCCUGCUCACCCUUUCAAGUGUGAGUACAUACAAUGUGCACAAUUGAUACACUUAUGGCCAACUGAAAACACAGCCAAUUUGAGACCAAGAUUCUUUAGAUUGUACCUGUGGCUGAUAAAUCAACAAUCUGAUAUCACUGCAGUAC